CAAAACCAAACAAAGUUAAGUGCAUUUUCCAUCCCUCCAUCCCAAACCCAAUAAACCCCUACAAAAACAAUUCGCACACCGCGAGCACACUGUCGAGUGUUUCUCCAUUCCCCCAAACCCAAACAACCAGAAAAUGCAAAACACAAAACAUGUCAUUGAGGAAAUUCAUCAAACACCUUCACCCCCUCCGCAACAAACUCUCACCAAUUCACUCUCUCUUCACCCGUUCCCUUCAAACCACAACCCAAACCCUCCACCAAGACCAACACCAAGAUCCACAAUCUCUUCUCAAACAAGACCCAAUCGAAAUCUGCACUUCUCUAUGGCUCAAAACCUUCUAUUCCCCCAAAACCACCUCAUUCCCAAACCUCACCGGUUACCUCUCCAAUUUCGAUCUCUGGGUCUUCGCCUAUCAACGCUCAUGCGCUCACGUCACCGGAACCUUCCCUCCUCGAAACGCCAUUCACACCAACCUCCUCCGUGAAAUUCUCUCCCUUCGUAACGCCGUUAUCCGUGGUCGUUUUUCAUGGAACGACAAAACCAACCAAUUACUCAAAACCCCAUACGACAAAACGUUUUCAAAGCCGCUAUCGAAACGCAAGCUUCAAGCUUUUCUUGAAUCGAACGAGCCUUGUUUUCAAGAUAGGGUUGUUCAGGAGGUUCUUUUGACUAUUCUGGAACCGGUUUUUGAACCGAAGUUUUCUUCGAAAUCACACGCUUUUCGACCGGGUAGAAAUGCACACACUGUUAUUCGAACCAUUCGGAGUAAUUUCGCCGGUUAUUUGUGGUUUUUGAAGGGUGAUUUGAGUGACAUUUUUGAUAGAGUUGAUACUGAUGUUGUGAUGGGUUGUGUUGAAAAGGGUACUAGAGAUAAGAAAGUUUUGAGUUUGAUAAAGUCUGCGCUAAUGGGGCGAACGACGCGAGUGACACGGAAAGUAGUAGAAGGUGAGGUGUCGAGGAAAGAUAAGAAGAGGAAAGCUACUAAGAAGAGGAUUCUUAAAGAGAAUGAACCGAAACCGGAUCCUUAUUGGUUAAGAACAUUCUUCAGUUUUGCUCCGGAGGAGGCUGCUAAGGUACCUUGUUAUGGUCAUUGUGGGAUUUUAAGUCCAUUGCUUGCUAAUGUUUGUCUUAAUGAAUUGGAUCAUAUGGUAGAAGAGAUGAUUGUUGAGUUUUUUAGGCCUUGUAAGUUUGAUUCAAUAUGGAAACAUUCGAUUGAUGAUGGAUGUCAUAACCCGGCUUGGCCCGAGUUUGUUCCGUCUAGCGGUAAUGAGAAAACUAGGAAGAUGGACUACAUAAGGUAUGGUGGUCAUUUUUUGAUUGGGAUUAGGGGUCCUAGAGAGGAUGCUGUUGAAAUUAGGAAGAAAAUUGUUGAGUUUUGUGAGAGUACUUUUGGGUUAAGGUUAGAUAAUUCCAAGUUGGAGAUUGAACAUAUAGCAAGAGGUAUUCAAUUCUUGGAUCAUAUAAUAUGUAGAAGAGUGAUACAUCCAACUUUGAGAUAUACAGGUUCUGGGGGGAACAUAGUGAGUGAGAAGGGUGUCGGAACUUUGCUUUCGGUUACCGCUAGCUUACAACAAUGUAUUCGUCAGUUUAGGCAGCUAGAGCUUGUUAAGGGUGAUAAGGACCCCGAGCCGCUUCCAUGUAACCCUAUGUUGUAUUCAGGUCAAGCUCAUACAAACUCACAGAUGAAUAAGUUUCUUGAAACCAUGGCUGAUUGGUAUAAAUACGCUGACAAUCGCAAAAAAGUUGUUGGCUUUUGUGCCUAUGUGGUUCGCAGCUCUUUGGCUAAAUUGUAUGCUGCUAGGUAUAGGCUCAAGUCUCGAGCCAAAGUGUAUGGAAUAGCUUCGCGAAAUCUCAGUCGGCCACUGAGAGAGAGUACCAACAAUUCUGCACCGGAGUAUUCAGAUCUUUUGAGGAUGGGAUUGGUUGAUCCAAUUGAAGGUGUUCAGUUUUCGCAUAUGUCCUUGAUUCCAUCUUGUGAUUAUACUCCGUUCCCAAGAAACUGGAUACCAGAUCACGAGAGGGUGUUGCAUGAGUACAUAAAACUUGAUAAUCCUAAAUUUUUCUGUGACCUGCUCAGAAAUAUUAAGCAAAAAGGCUUAAUUAUUCCCCAAGAUGAAAUUUCUCAAAUGGUAUGGGACUACAAAACUCUCGGGGUUGGGUAUUUUCGAUCUGACAGGGAUAAAGAAGUAAAAGCUGAUUUAAGAGAUAACCGAGUAAGUUUGGCAUUGAUUGAAAAUGAGUGGAAUCUUCUCUAUAUCAAGGUCCUGCUGAAAAUUGAUGAUCUCAAAGAAAAAUGGUUUCCUGCAUAUUUGAGCAGUUUUCGUUGUUAAGUGUAGAAGUCCUUUAAAUUGUAUUCUCCCAAGAAGUUAGUUCAUGCUGGCAUUAUCUAUCUGAAAGGUAGAAUAUUUUCUUUGGAAAGGUGAAAACUCACAUGAGAUUGAUCUAGACGAUGAUUCUGAAUUAAGAAAAAAAUCAACAUUUGAACUCAUGAGCACAAAUGCAGGGCACAAAGUUAAUUUUGGAUAUACAUGUUUGGAUGUAAAAUAGUCCGAAAAGCAAGAAGACAGAAAAGAAGUAAAAUAGUCCUAAAAGCAAGAAGACAGAAAAGAAUUAUAGUGUAUGGCGAGGACGGAUGUCUUAUACAAUAUUUUCAACAACAAUUAUUGGAGAAUUCAUCUUUUCUUUCUUUCAUGCAUAUCAAAUGGAUAUAGAAGAACAAAUUGCCGGUGUGUUUUGGUGUGAUGCAAAUAUGGUGUUGGAUUCGAGAUAUUUUGGUUAUGUUGUGUCUAUCUAUUGUACCAAUUAGGUGCUACUAGGCUACUUGCUCUAUUUUCUAGUUUUAGGAUUCAAUCAGUUUUGGUAAACAAUUGAAUCAUUUAAAUGGUUGUUUGAGACAUUCUUACAAUCAUACAAUAAAAAAACAAGAGUAGGCAAUGUCUAGCUCUUGCUGAAGUGAUGUUAGAGACUUGCCAUGGUUUAUACAUGUGGAACUUAUUGCUGAAUGAAAUUAAACCCAUAAAAGGAGAAAAUUAUUUAAGUCGGUUUUAAAAAAUGCAUGUAUUACUUUCAUAUUAAUAUUGUAAUUUUUUGAUGUUUGUUUAUAUGUGAAGAUGUUGAUAACUCGAUAUUGUUUUAUCUUUUGGUAUAGUAAAUCGUUAGUGGGUGUUGCACAAAUUUAUA